CGCCAGGAUCCGUGCCGGCUCCUGCCUCAUUCCCCUCGUUCAUUUCUCCUCCUCAGCCAGCGCCGACCCGCUUUGCCGGGAAGGAGGCACUGCAGUGAAGUCCAGCAGCAUCUUUUCCUCCUCCCCAAAGUCGCCGACCUCUUCUCGGUGUCCCUUCCUGUGUCCUCUUGUGGCGCCCUUGGUCUUUCCCUCUCUUCUCUGUCCUUUGAGAAUUGUCUUGGUAGGACGGGGGCCCAUCGGCGGCUCUCCAACCAUCUCCUUCAAGUUUCCGCAUUGCCCUCAACCCACUUUCCUUGAUGCGCCGGUGCUUCUGAAAGGAAGGAGACAGACAGAGAGAGAGAUUUCCCGGCUCCCGAAACAAGCCGUCGAGGAAGCAGCGCCGCAGCCCCGAAGGAAGAGGUUUGGAAGGGGUCUCGGAGGCGAGGAUGGCCGGAGCUUCGGGGACCUGGCGGGGCUUUGGAGCCGCCGAGGAGGGAGAGCCCGCCCGAGGACGGAAGAGCAGCCUGCAGAGCUCGGCCCGGGGCCAGGAGUGGCGGGUGCUGGGCGCUGGGAAGUCCCUGCCGACCUGCCUGCCUCUGGGCCUGGGCUUGGAGCCCUCGGCGUCGGGAGAAGGAGCCCAGGGGGGCAUCCAGGACCAGUUCCUCCACCUCUCCCUCCGAAAGCAGGUCUCCUACAGAAAAGCUAUUGCCAAGUCUGGACUCCAGCACAUGGUAGCCCAACCAGCCCCAACGCUAGCCCUGAGAAGUGAUUCAGAACGGGAAAUUCGCAAUACUGUGGACUGGAGUGAGGGUGCAAUUUAUGGGGAGCACAUCUGGUUUGAAACCAAUGUCUCUGGGGACUUCUGCUACGUGGGGGAGCAAAACUGUGUAGCAAAAAUGCUGCAAAAACCUUUCUCCAAACGCAAGUGUGCAGCCUGCAAGAUUGUAGUCCAUACGCCUUGUAUAGAACAGCUAGAGAAAAUAAAUUUUCGAUGCAAGCCUUCCUUCAGGGAAUCUGGAUCAAGGAAUGUCCGAGAGCCUACUAUUGUACGGCAUCAUUGGGUGCAUCGGAGACGCCAGGAAGGAAAAUGCCGACAAUGUGGAAAGGGUUUCCAACAGAAAUUUGCCUUCCACAGCAAGGAGAUUGUAGCCAUCAGCUGUUCCUGGUGUAAGCAAGCAUAUCACAGUAAAGUUUCAUGCUUCAUGCUGCAGCACAUCGAGGAGCCCUGCUCACUUGGGGCACAUGCUGCUGUGGUCAUCCCUCCCACCUGGAUUCUGAGGGUCCGGCAUCCCCAGAACCCACUAAAGUCAAGUAAGAAGAAAAAGAGGACAUCAUUCAAGCGAAAGUCCAGCAAAAAGGGGCCUGAGGAAGGGCGAUGGAAGCCCUUUGUUAUCAAGCCUGUCCCAGCCCCCCUCAUGAAACCACUGCUAGUGUUUGUGAACCCCAAGAGUGGUGGAAAUCAGGGUGCAAAAAUGAUCCAGUCAUUUAUGUGGUACCUCAACCCACGACAAGUUUUUGAUCUUAGCCAAGGAGGCCCCAAAGAAGCGUUGGAAAUGUAUCGUAAAGUGCACAACCUACGUAUUCUGGCAUGUGGGGGAGAUGGCACAGUGGGAUGGAUCCUCUCUGUCUUGGACCAGUUACGGCUGAAUCCCCCACCUCCUGUGGCUGUUCUUCCUCUAGGGACAGGAAAUGACCUCGCAAGAACACUUAACUGGGGUGGGGGAUACACAGAUGAGCCCUUGUCAAAGAUCCUUUCACAUGUAGAAGAAGGAGAAAUUGUGCAACUUGACCGCUGGAAUCUACUGGUGGAGCCCAACCUUGAGGCAAACUCUGAAGAGAAGGAUGAAACUGCUGCAGAUAAGCUCCCUCUUGAUGUCUUCAACAAUUAUUUCAGCCUUGGUUUUGAUGCUCGUGUGACGUUGGAAUUCCAUGAAUCCCGAGAGGCAAAUCCAGAGAAAUUCAACAGCCGAUUUCGGAAUAAAAUGUUCUAUGCUGGGACAGCGUUCUCUGAUUUCCUCAUGGGGAGCUCUAAAGACUUAGCAAAACACAUCAAAGUGGUGUGUGAUGGAACAGACCUAACUCCUAAAAUUCAAGAACUGAAGCCUCAGUGUCUCGUCUUUCUAAACAUUCCAAGGUACUGUGCAGGCACCAUGCCUUGGGGAAAUCCUGGAGACCACCAUGAUUUUGAGCCUCAGCGCCAUGAUGAUGGUUGCCUUGAGGUUAUUGGUUUCACUAUGACAUCCCUGGCGGCGCUGCAGGUGGGAGGCCAUGGAGAGCGCUUGCACCAGUGCCGGGAGGUGCUACUCACCACAUCCAAGGCCAUUCCCAUGCAAGUGGAUGGAGAGCCUUGUAAGCUGGGAGCUUCCCGUAUUCACAUUUCCCUGCGCAACCAGGCUAACAUGGUGCAGAAGACCAAGAGGCGCAACUCCAUGCCUCUGCUCAAUGAUCAGCAGCCAGUUCCAGAACGGCUGAGAAUCCGCGUAAGCCGAAUUGGCAUGCACGACUAUGAGGCACUUCAUUAUGACAAGGAGAAGCUCAAGGAAGCCUCUGUGCCCCUGGGAAUCAUUGUUGUGCCAGGAGACAGUGACCUGGAGCUGUGCCGGACACACAUUGAGAGGCUUCAGGAGGAUUUCCCUCCAUGCCCUCCCACUAUUCAGAGCCUAUUUCCUCAGGAAGGGGAUGGAGCCAAGCCAAAGACACUGUCAUGCCAGAAGCUAUCCCCUAAGUGGUGUUUCUUGGACUCAACAACAGCAGACCGUUUUUAUAGAAUAGACCGUGCCCAGGAACAUCUUAAUUAUGUAACUGAGAUCUCCCAAGAUGAACUCUUCGUGUUGGACCCAGAACUUGUGCGCACCCAGACAGUAGGCACAUCACCUGCCAUGCCUGACCUUGUUGAUGUGCCCUCAACCCCCACCAGGCAACACCCUUCUCUCUCAGUUUCACCAUCCACAACAUCAGAUUCCAGGUCCGAAAUGGAGAACAGCUACUCACUCAAAGAUGAUAUUUUGAUAGAAGCUGCCAAGAAUAACGAUUUCCAAAAGUUCAAAGAACUGCACCAGGCUGGAAAGGACUUGAUGAUGCGUGAUCACUCAGGCCAAACUGUCCUGCAUCAUGCAGUCAAAUCAGGGAACAAGGAGAUUGUCAAAUACAUAAUUGAAAAUGCUCCUGCAGAGAUUCUGGACAUGGCUGAAGAAGAGAAGGGUGAGACCAGUUUACACCUGGCUGCAACUCUUCGCCAGCGCACAAUUUGCCAUUACAUUGUGGAAGCUGGGGCAUCACUGAUGAAAACUGACCUGCAGGGAGACACACCCAAGCACAGAGCCGAGAAGGCAAAUGACCCUGACUUGGCUGCCUACCUCGAAAAUCGACAGCACUACCAGAUGAUCCAAAGAGAGGAUCAGGAGACAGCUGUGUAACGCUGAGCAGUGUGCCUUAUCCCUGCCCAGGAGAGCAGAGUGGCACAAGAGCUUGGCCAGCUUUUCCUUGAAUAACUAACAAGGAGAGGAAGAAAAGCUUGGUUUGGGCUAAGCCACCACAUGGUUAUUUAUUAGUGUAAUGGAUGUUGAACAGCGCUGACUCCCGUUUGUUCCCACCACCACCACCACAUUCCAGGGAUGGACUCCACUACCUAAUGUUCCCUUCCUACCAGCCUCCAGGUCUAGUUGAGGGUCAUGGAUUCUCCCUUCAGAGCACAUGGAGGGAAGUGCUUGUUCUCCUUCAACCCUCACAGUGUCCCAGUUGUGAGGCCCUAUCAGCUAGCAUAUGAUGUCUCCAAAGCACAGAAUCUGCUGUUGCUGCGAGCCUUCUGCUGCUCAGUCCCACUUAACCUGGCUUCUAGCAGUAGAUGCUGCCCUUCCCAACAGUUUCACCAGUAGCAGUGUCUGUUUUCCUGAUAAGCCCUGUUACUGGAGGAAUACUAGCACAAUUCUGGGGACAUAGCAGAACAAAGGGAUAGCAUGCAGGUGAUAUAUUCCAACCCUGCCUCUGUUACCGAUACAUCAUGAUAUUGAGGGACUCACACAAACCUUGAGUUACAGUCACAUGGGAAAACGUUGCAGGAACCCAAAUCAGGUCAUAGGCCAUUCUAGCAUGCUUUCCAAGGCAACAUACCUUCUGCUUUUCCCUUUGGUUCAUCCCUUUUGUCCUGUUGACUCCUUGUUGUAUGUCCUGUACUAUGAGGGGUGCUUAUGUAACAGGAUGGUAGUGCCUGCUGUGUCCAGGGAACAUCGCGCCCUCUUUUGGGCAAGCUGUUCCAAGCUGACUUUUGAGCCUGCUGGACUAGACAUUUCGAGCAAAGUGCCUCUUCAUCUUUCCUACUUUCCAACUUUCCCCCUCCUUCCAUUCUCACAUAACUGCUUUUCCUCUUCCUUUCACACACACUGAGUUGGCAAAUAGCCUGUUAUGAAUGUGUACAAGAUAUGUUGGCUCAAAUGGUGUGGUUUCAAAACUCAACCUUAAUAGGCUACUAGUUAGGAAUGAAGGACUCUUUCUGGGCCAUUCGCCUUUAUAUUAUAGGGUGGUAAGUAAGAUUGACUGUUUCAUACACUAAGGUCAAGGGAGCAGAGUAAACAACCAGUGUUAAUGCCAUGCGCUGCAUCCAUUUAUCCAGGGACCAGGAAGUUACUGGUACUAGUAGUAACAGCUAGAAAUGUUUCUGCAUAGCCACGUAAUUCCUUACUUCAACAGGAAUGGUAUUUGCAGUUUAUUCCUAAAUCCUCCCUGUGCUUACAUAUAUUUUCCAGCUGAAUUGUUAGAAAACUUACCCUUUAUUCCAGGCAUGGGCAAACUUCAGCCCUCCAGGUGUUUUGGGCUUCAACUCCCACAAUUCCUAACAGCCUCGGACCCUUUCCUUUUCCCCCUCAGCCACUUAAGGGACCUGAGGCUGUUAGGAAUUGUGGGAGUUUAAGUCCAAAACACCUGGAGAGCUGAAGUUUGCCCAUGCCUGCUCUGUACUAUGCUGUGUGACCUCAGUAAUCCUUCACUUUAUCCUAAUAUCUUUGCUAGCCAAAGUCUUUGUCCCCUUUCCUUUCUUUCUUUUUUUGCUAUGCUAAAAACAAAAAGCUCAUGGUUAAAGGAACCUGUUCCUUGAUAAGGCCAGGCACAUAUACUGAGAGUCAUGUUCUCAAUCGGGAAGCCUGUGUUUGCUUUGAGGUAUUCUGAAUUCAUUGCAUUUAACCAGUUUGCAUAUCAAGCUGCUGUAUAACUAGUUUCAUUUACCCUCAAAAGAUUUUGAGCAGGUAACCAACUGGUCUGGUGUUGAAUCCAAAUGGUGGAGAGAGUUAGCCACUAUAGAAGAGGGGGGGCUCUGAUAUGUAGUUUUACAGGCUUAAAAUCCUGUCAGAAUAUUAAGGGGGUAAAACUCUGCUUAGUAAGAACAGACUGACAGUGAACAGAUCAUUUAUGAUGAGUUUCAGUAUUGAAUUUGCAGCAAGAACAUUUAAAUUUCGGUGCAUCUGCAAACAGUGAUCUUAAACAGUUGGGAAAUGACUGGCUUUCUAUGGAGUGAGAUCAGCACUAGAGUGCAAAGAAGAAGAAAGAAAUGGGUUCUGUCAACGGAAUGUUUGCCUUUAAAGUCAUGGUCAAAGUGAUGGGGAAAGUUAGUCUUCACACAAGACUAAUCAAAGUUUGUUUACAGUAAUUUGAAUCAGCAGGGAUGAAGUGCAAAGACUGGUCUUGGUUUUCCACAUUUUAGAACACUCCGCGUGAUUAGGGUCAGGAGUGCAAUGCAUUUUAUCCAGAUACCAUUCUCCAUUAGGGAAUUAUUUGAGCCUGUCUAAAAGUUUGUCUUCCUUUCAGACUGACUUUACUUUUUGUACCCGUGCUCUCAUGAUUUGUGGAGCUUUUGAAAAGUCACGAUAGCAGCUCCAAGGUUUCAAUGCAUAUCUGUAUUACCAUUUGGGACUUUAUUCCUCCUAUCUACCUGUGCCCCGUUCCAUAUGUAGAGAUAGCAUCAUGUAACAAAGGUCAUACAAACAAGCGCAACUGCAAUCACAAGUCCUGGAAAGAGGUGGGCAAUACCACACCAGAAGUUCAUUCAGAUACUGUAACCUGUGUGACAUUUUUCAUGUUUUCCUCUCCAGAGAUGUAGAAAAAGCAUACAAAACUCUUCAGGCAAUUAAAGUCCACAUGCACCUUGUAGACUGAGUCAGUGGGUCCUUGUUUCUAGACAGCUCCAGUGACUAGUAAAGGCAACCUCCUUUACUGGUGGGCACUGCAGAUCAUGUGGAAGAGCAUGUCUUAAAAUCUUAGAACAGGGAUAGGAAACUUGUAGCCCUUCUGAUGUUGUUGGAUUGUUAACUCUAACAAUUCCUUACCAUAUUGGUUGGGACUGGUGGGAACUGCAAACUUAACAUUUGGAGCAGGCCUGCACAUGGGUUUGUGUCCAGGUGUUUGUGACUCCCAACUCCCAGAAGCCCUAGCCAGCUUAUUCGAUGGUCAAAACUUCCUGGAGCUGAAGUCCAGAGUACUUGGAGGGCCACAGAUUGUGCGGACCUGAUCUGAAGGACCAUAGGUUGCCCAAGCCUGUUUUAGGUAGUCACAUGGUACCUCACAGUGGUUCAUAUUUUGGUCUUUUUAAUUUGUGCAGAAUUGUACUUCUAUAGCUGGAUGUAUAGGCCAGCCUCCUGGAAGCUUUUAUACCCCAUGGGCCUGCUGUCUCUUCAUCCCUCCUUUUAUAUGUUGUCUUAAACUUUGUACAGGUAGUUCAAAAGCACACUGUUUUCCCCAGUUUCUAUGUAUGUGUGUCCGUGCACGCGUGCGUGUCCUAAGCUGAGUUGCUGUGCAAUUCAAACCUUGGCUUGUUUUACUCUGAGGGGGAGGAGUAUGUUUGAGGGUGAAUUCCCCCUUUCCCGUGCAAUACCUACUUCCUCUCCCCCUAGAAUUUAAACCAUUAGGACACCUUUUUGAUUGAUUGUAUUUUUUUGUAACUGUGUUGGGAGCUUGUGCUCCCAUUGCUUUCCUCUUGGACAGUAUAAAUGUUUUGUUGAAUUUUGCCAUUAAAAUAUAUGACAGACAUUUUA